ACGCACCGCACCCAUGGCCACCACCGCCAAAUCACAGCACCACCACCAGCAGCAUCAGCAUCAUCCAUGGCGUCCUCGGCCUCCCUGCAGCGCUUCCUCCCGCCCUCGGCCCACUCCACGCCCUCGUCGUCCCAACGCGGCCGCCGCGCCCGCCGCCCCGUGCUGCAAUGCUCGGCCGUCUCCGCGCCGUCUUCGUCUUCCCCGGCGCCGGCCGCGGGUGCCGUGGCGGCGGAGCGGCUGGAGCCGCGGGUGGAGCAGCGGGAAGGCGGGUACUGGGUGCUCAAGGAGAAGUACCGGACGGGGCUGAACCCGCAGGAGAAGGUGAAGCUGGGCAAGGAGCCCAUGGCGCUCUUCACGGAGAGCGGCAUCAGGGACCUCGCCAAGAUCCCCAUGGCGGAGAUCGACGCCGACAAGCUCGCCAAGGAGGACGUCGACGUGCGGCUCAAGUGGCUCGGCCUCUUCCACCGCCGCAAGCAGCAGUAUGGCCGGUUCAUGAUGCGUCUGAAGCUGCCCAACGGCGUGACGACGAGCGAGCAGACGAGGUACCUGGCGAGCGUGAUCGACAAGUACGGCGAGGAAGGCUGCGCCGACGUGACGACGCGGCAGAACUGGCAGAUCCGCGGCGUCACGCUCCCGGACGUGCCGGACAUCCUUGACGGGCUCCACUCCGUCGGCCUCACCAGCCUCCAGAGCGGCAUGGACAACGUGCGCAACCCGGUGGGCAACCCGCUGGCCGGCAUCGACCCCGACGAGAUCGUCGACACCCGCCCUUACACCAACCUCCUCUCCUCCUACAUCACCAACAACUCCCAGGGCAACCUCGCCGUCACCAACCUGCCGAGGAAAUGGAACGUGUGCGUGAUCGGGUCGCACGACCUGUACGAGCACCCGCACAUCAACGACCUGGCUUACAUGCCGGCGGAGAAGGACGGCAAGUUCGGGUUCAAUCUUCUCGUGGGCGGGUUCAUCAGCCCCAAGAGGUGGGGCGAGGCGUUGCCGCUCGACGCCUGGGUGCCCGGCGACGACAUCAUCCCCGUCUGCAAGGCCAUCCUCGAGGCCUACCGCGACCUCGGCACCAGGGGCAACCGCCAGAAGACCCGCAUGAUGUGGCUCAUCGACGAACUCGGGAUGGAGGUGUUCAGGUCGGAGAUCGAGAAGAGGAUGCCGGGCGGGGUCCUGGAGCGGGCGGCGGCGGAGGACAUGAUCGACAAGGCAUGGGAGCGGCGGGACUACCUGGGCGUGCACCCGCAGAAGCAGCAAGGGCUGUCCUUCGUGGGCCUCCACGUGCCCGUGGGCCGGGUGCAGGCGGCCGACAUGUACUCGCUGGCCCGUCUCGCCGACGAGUACGGCUCGGGCGAGCUCCGGCUCACCGUGGAGCAGAACAUCGUGCUCCCAAACGUCCCCAACGACAAAAUCCCCUCGCUCCUCGCGGAACCGCUGCUCCAGAAAUUCUCGGCCCAGCCGUCGCUGCUGAUGAAGGGGCUGGUGGCGUGCACGGGGAACCAGUUCUGCGGGCAGGCCAUCAUCGAGACCAAGGCGCGGGCGCUGCGGGUGACCCGCGACGUGGAGCGGCGGGUGUCCGUGCCCAGGGCCGUCAGGAUGCACUGGACGGGAUGCCCCAACAGCUGCGCCCAGGUGCAGGUUGCCGACAUCGGCUUCAUGGGGUGUCUCACCAAGAACGGCAGCGGCAAGAUCGUCGAGGCGGCGGAUAUCUUUGUCGGGGGACGCGUCGGGAGCGACUCGCACCUCACGGGCGUGUGGAAGAAGGCCGUGCCAUGCGAGGACCUCGUGCCGGUCGUUGCUGACCUCCUCGUUGAGCGAUUCGGGGCUGUGCCCAGGGAGAGGGAGGAAGACGAAGAGUAGGAGGAGAGCAGAGCGCUGGUCUCCUUUGGUUUGAUGUAAAGUAGACAGCGCCAUGCUUCAAUGGCACGCUUGUUUGUACCACGGUUCGGUUUGAUCGGCGUUGCACGGGUGCAGCAGUCACAAGUUUUUCACAUACGGUACAGAUGAUGGUUUAAUUGAUGGUGAUAAAUAAAGAAGCGGGUUAUCCAGC